AGCAAGUGUGCACUGUCUCCCUCCUCGCUGAUCUUUUUUUAUUGGUUAAAUGUACCUUCAGAGCUUGUCUUGUUUCUGCAGAUUUAAAAUUAAUUGUUUCAAUGACCAAGCGAUUUAAUUGCCCACUUUUGGAUGAAGUCGGACUUCCCCUGUUCUUUCCAGACAAACACAAUGUGACAUUGUUGAAUCAAUCAUUGUUUUAUCCUUGACGGAUUGCGGAGUACCUACACAGAUCCAGGGAAGAGGGAUUUAAGCAUGGGCAAACUUCAGUCCAAACAUGCGUGUAAGCGCAGAGAAAACCCUGAAGGAGACAGUUUUGUCGUGAAUGCCUUCCUCCGCAGAGGGAUGGAGGAGUGUGAGAGGUACAGCGCGUCGGAUCACAAGCUCAAGAACAUGCAGGAGUUUCCAAAUGGUGAGCUGAAGGAAGGACAAUUUGUAGAUCAUCACUGUCCCCUAGAGGUGGUGCUCCCCCCCGAGAAGGCUGAGGGCUGUGAGAGCUACCUGCAGUACCUGCAUCCAGAGGAUGGAGAGCGGGAGGUGUCGAGGGAAGCGACCAAAGCUCCAGGGAAGAAACGCAUCAGUCUGGAUGACUUGGAGUGUGAUGUGUCUGUGGAGGACGACAACCGUCAGGAGUGGAUCUUCACUCUGUAUGACUUUGACAACAGUGGGAAAGUUACUAAAGAGGACAUGUCCAGCUUGAUGCACACCAUCUACGAUGUGGUGGACGCAUCUGUGAAUCACUCCUGCCACAAUAAGAGUAAGACUCUGCGGGUCAAACUGACAGUCACUCCAGAGCCCAGGUCACACAGAAGAGAUACGGGGGCAGAUCGUGAGCAGGGUCGCUGUCACCAGGAGGAUGGGCGCUCAGCUGACAAACGGCUCUCCUCCUACAUCAGAGGACAGAGCAGUGAGGCACCGGCCCCCGAGGGUCAGCAUUACUGUGUGGAUGAGAACACGGAGAGGAGGAAUCACUACCUGGACCUGGCCGGUAUAGAAAACUACACCUCCAGAUUUGAAGGGACCACUGCCCCCUUUCCCCCUCAGGAGACCCACACUCGGAGCUCCCAGUCCCAGAGCCGCUCGCGCUCCCAGGAACCAGACACCCAAGUGGUUCACCAGCGCCGCUCGCAGGUCAUCAGCGAUAACUACAACCCUGCGGAGACUCGAGGCAAGGGCACGCAGUUCCUCAAAUCUCCCAAGGGAACGUACAAGGGAGGCGGAGGGAAUAACGGGGGCUUAGGAGGUGGCAAGUCCAGUAAAUGCCACGGCUACCAUGCUCCUCUGCAGAGCAUGCUACAUGGUGGCAACACAGCGGGCCACGGUGGCCAGGACGUGUACCACCUACCGCACCAGGCCCAGACAUCUGGCCACCACCAGCACCCCUUGCAAUACAGCCACAGCAAACGUCUAAGGGCCAAAGCUAGAGAGGCCCUGUCCCCGUCCAAAACCCCCCUGUCUCCUCCCUCCCACCCCCAGCAGCAGCCCCCAGUGCCCUCCGUACUGCCAAGCCUGGAGAGAGAGCAGGCAUCCGGCCCGCCUGGGAGCCCUGGGUUUGUGGUUCCUCUGGUCCAGCGCCAUGAGCACCACCACCACCAUGAACACCACCACCACCACCACUACCACCAUUACCAUCAGACAUGACCACCCUCAGAGGAGAGUGACUGAGACCGUACAAGACCAACCCCUGCACCAGUCUGAAGGACCUAACCUCAUCCCAUGGGAGCGUCUCCAGUUCUCUCCAGGGUCUUCUUUAGUUCUCCUCCUCUUAUCAAGCUAUACAGAUAUAUCCUGAGAUUUAGACGUGUUGAGGAAUUUUGUAGUGUGACUGCUGAUGUUGUUGGACUGGGGAGGGUUUCUCUGAAGUUACUGUGUAAUGAUGAAAGAUGUGUGGCACAGUUUUGAAUUGAUUGUCAAUAGAUUUUCUGCUGGACUGCUCUGCCUGUCACUCAUAUUCAGAAAGGGAUACCAGAAAAGGAACACAUCAGAGGCCUUUUGACAUGCAGUGACACCCCUUUCCCUCUCGAUGCUGUUGGUCGACAUGCUUGUCCCUGUAGAAGCUAUAUAUGUGUCCGAGUGGGUGUGUUGUUCUGUGUGAGACCUUUCUAACCCAUGGAUCUCAGGUGUAAAGGUGCUGCUGCUCUUGAGCUUUUCACAAAGGCUACUUCCUCUGGGAGCCCUGCUGUGGACUGAGGGGCUUCCGGACCGAGGAAAAAAAUAUGAAAUCACCACUGCCAGUUUUAAUGCAAAAAUAUCUUGCUAUAUGUAUAAAAAAAAUCUAUAUAUGUAAACACAUUUUACUGUAUAAUUAUUAUACUGUAUAUGCAUAUUUCAUCAUGGAUAUAAUUAUGCAUAUAUGUAUUUUGU